UUUCUUUUCAAAUAGGAUGUAUCUGUUUUUAAAAUAUUAAUAUUUACUAAAAAUAUUGUUUAAAAUAUAUUAUAUAUUUUAUGUAUUGUAUUAGUUAAUAAUGAUAAAUUGUAAAAAAAAAUUAAUUGUAUUUUUUGAAUUUCUAUUAAUUUGAAAUUAUAAGGAAUAUGGUUAUAGUCAAAAUUUAGUUUGUUUUUAAUGUGUCAAAACACCAAAAUACAUUUUUUUCAUAAACACAUAGAAUAUCAUUUAGAGUGUUAUUGGUUGUAUAUGUUGAAGGUAACUCCAUUAGAAUUUGAAAUUUUGAGUCACUUACAAUUUAAGACAUGCUAAAAUGUAUAUAUAUAUAUAUCAUUUAAAAAAUGUAUAUCAUUUUUUAAAAAAUUUGAUUCAUUUAUACUUUAAGAUUUUUUUGGUCAAAUAAAAUUUAAGAUAUAUGAUUUAGAAAAAAUUAAAUAGGUGUCAUUGUAUUUAUGAAUUUAACAUGAUAUCAUUUGAUUUUUGUAACAUGAUUGAGCCCUUUUAAAAAUGAUUCUAACUUGAAAUAUGAUUCCAAAAACACCAAAACUAUAUAAAAUUUUGUAAAUAAGUAACACAACAAAACUCAUUACAGUGAUGAUUGGUAACAGCUGUAAAAGCUGUACACAGCCAUAUUUUUAUUAUCUACAGUCAAAAAAUAAAAGCAAUCAAACUUUAGUUUUCAUUUUAAAACAGCCACAACAAACUUUAUUUUAGUUUAUGGCUUUAGAGAGCAAGUUUUCUAGAGCACUACCUCAAGUGCUUUCAAUAAUAAUUUUCCUCUUUAUGUUAUCCUUUCUUUCUAAAGUAUACGUAAUAUAUAUAUAUAUAUAUAUAUAUAUAUAUAUAUAUAUAUAUAUAUAUAUAUAUAUAUAUAUAUAUAUAUAUUUAAUACAUAUUUACAUGUAUAACUCAAGAGUAUGACAAUUAAUGUGGAGAAUACAUAUAUAUAUAUAUAUGUAUAUAUAUAUCUACUUAUAUGUUAUACAACUAUAAAUUUCAUAAAUAUAAAUAAAAUCUCACAUAUGUUGAUUAUAUAUGAUACUUGACUAUUAUAUUCAUUUACUUAAAAUAAGCAUUUGAUAAUUGUAUAAUAAUUAAUCAGUUCAUAAAAUGUGAUUAAUUACUACUCUCUCUAUUUUAAAAUGAUCUAUAUUUUUAAAAAAGUUUUGUUUAAAAAAAUAUUUUCUAUUUUUUAAUAAUUUUAAUAAGAAAUCACAGUAAAUUGUAAACUUUAAAAAUAAUUAUAUUUAUUAAUUUUUAUUAGUUAAAAGUUAUAUAAAAUAGUUAAUCACAAAAAAUAAUAUAUUUAAUUCAGAUUUAGUAUAUUUUAUUAAUAUGCAUAAAAACUCUAAAAUCUCGAUCAUUUUGAAACGGAGUAAAUAUUUCUCAAUUUAAUUUUGAUUUCUAUUUAAUUUCAUAUUAUAAUAAAUAUAUAGAUAAUACCUGGUAAUCAUAUUUUCUUUAAGAAACUCACCGAAAAAAAUUCUACAGCUACAAUACUACAGCUACAGCAUAAAAUCUUAUAGCUACAACAUAAAAUCUUAUUGCUUCAAUUCUGCAGCAAUUUUUUUUAAAAGUUACAGCCAUAACUAAUUAAGCUUACAUUGAUCUGGUUUUCAAUUGUUAAUUUGUUACAUGUAUUGAUCAAUGUUGGUUGAAUUGGUUAGGGCUAGGCCUGGAACGGAUCGGGAUUCAGAUCCAUAUCCGGCGGAUCCAUAAUUUUAUUAUCCUUAUCCGGGGUUUUCGGAUAUCUGGGUGUCGGAUAUCCUUCUAAAAAUUGUAAUAUCCGGCGGAUAUCCAAAUUCGAAUCUAGAUCCUUAAAAUAAAUAAAAAUAUUAACAAUAAUGUUUUAAUUAUUUCUAUGUAUAAUACUACAAAAUCUAUAUAAAAUUUAUAUAUACUAUUAUAAAAAUGAAAAUCUAUUAAAUAAAAUUAGUUUUUAUAUAUAGAUAUUACUAUUUUUGAAAUAGUUAUUAAUAAAACUUACGGAUUCGGAUAUUCGGACUAAAAAAUCAAGAUAUCUGGAUCCAACAUUUUACUAUCCGGAUCCGAAUUCGACCUCUCUGGAUAUCUGGAUUUUCGGAUCGGAUCCGGAUCGGAUCCGGAUCGGAUAUCGGAUCGAAUCCGGAUCUCGGAUAAAAGUUUCAGGCCUGGUUAGGACUAUAGCUUUUUAAAAAAAAAAAUUGGGUUCUGUUUUAUUUAAAAAAUAAAUAAUUUUUUUUUUUGAAGAUUAAAAAAAAAAUUAAAAUCUUGCAUUAGAGAUUUUGUCUCAUGUUUACGGAUGUAGGCUCACUGUUUUUAAUUGUUACGGAUGUAGGCUCAUUUUUUUCAAUUGUUAAUUUGUCUCUAAUAAUUUUACGGAUGUAGGCUCAUUGUCUCAUUUUUUAAAUAAUUAAGGGGAUAUUGUUUUCAAUUAAAUUAAUGGUUACGGAUGUAGGCUCAUUGUUUUCAAUUGUUAAUUUGUCUCUAAUGCAAAAUCUUUAGAUUUUUCUUCUUUUUUUUUAAAUUCAAUGAGAUUCUGUUUUACUUAUGGGUACUAUCAUCUAAUAAUAAAAAUGUCUAUCAUAUUGUGAUCGAUCUAUUUUACACAUUAAACUAAAUUCAGUCUGUCAGAAAAAAAACUACAUUCAGUCAUCCUGAGGAUUCGUCCUGCAGUCUUGGCUCAAAUCAAUACUCAGCUCUAAACCGAGUUACAAGAUUUAGGAAAUGAGACUAGAUACACCAAGAAUCUCCUCUCUCAUCUCACCUGGAGCUCUCGCUCUUUCUGUUUCUGUAAUAGAAUCUAGGAGGAAGACGACGAUGAAGAUAUCUUGAGCUCCACCAGCUAAUUACCCUUUUGAACUCGAACUUAGUUUUAACUUUUAACCAAAGACUCCAUCACGUGCAUAUAAGACCGGAAAAAUGGCUAUUUUUCUCCCCUACUAUUCGUGUCGUGUCUUUUCGUACUCAAACAAAAGAUAAGUGCUACAUACAAUCUAAACUAAAAAUUCUAAACCGUGUAUGUAAAACCUACAUUUAACUGAUAUUGCGUUAGUCAACCGUUAAAUUGAACAAAACGACGUCACUAUUAUAUAUGGAUUUUUUAAUUUAAAAUUAGAUAACUAUGUGAGAAAUGUCAUUUUAAAACUAGAUUGAAUAACUUAUAAAAUGUCAUUUUAGUUUUGACUACAUGUGUAAAAGUGUAAAAGAAAAAAACUUAAAGUACAUAAAUUACUGAUUCAAUUAUAUCUUGUAAUAAAUAAAAAUUGUAAACAAAAAUAAUUAUUUCCUUAGGAUAUACAGAUAAAAGGUACUUAUAUUUUAAAUCUAAUAAGCAAACAAUGGAAGCCUUUUAGCGCAGUGGUAACUACAUCCAUACUAUAUCUACGGGACCAAGGUUUGAUUCCCAUAAAUGCAAAAUUUAUAAAAUUUCCUCAGUUACAAAACGACGUCAUUUUGUUCAAUUUACAGUUGACUAAUGCAAUGUUAGUCAAAGUAGGUUUAAAUUCAAAUUAAUUCUAAGUUUAGGUCGUAUUUAUCACACGAAAAUUAGGGGUCGAAAAUGGCCAUUUUCCCUAUAACACGCACAUCAUUUAACUUGAGCAAACCUUAUGUCGGAUAUAGAGUCUUUAUCAUAAGAUCUGAUGACAUUUCUACACUAUCAAAUAUGAAUAACAUAUGAUUUAAAUAGAGACCACAAGUACGAUGAAGGAUUGAGCGUUUGGUUUAACAGAAUAUAAAAACAGUUAGCGUAGGAAAGUAGUCUACCCUUUAGAUGUACAAAAAGGUUUUUGAUAAAUAAAUUUUAACACUCAUUGAAAAAAAAAACUGAAUAACAAUAUAUACAAGAUUGUAAGUACAAGAACCAAUAACAAUAGAUUUCAAAAUCUUUUAAAUAUAACAAGUAAUAACAAUAUAUUUUAAUUAAAUUUUCAAAUCAGUUAAAUGAAUAACACUAGAUUAUAAACCUAUAGAAUUAAAUUUAAUCUACUAUAUAUAUAUAUAUAUCCAAUAACACUUCCUUAGUUGUGCCCGCUGCUGUCUGCUGACAACAAUUUGCCUGGUCAUGUUACGUGUAUCAUCAUGAAUACAUAAAAGUCAUCUAAUAUAUUCAAAAUAAUAAUAAAAUUUAAUUCAGAAAAUGUCAUCUUAUAUAGAAGUAUUCUGUAGCUGGAGCAUUACUUGAGAUCAUGGAAAACAAAGUCAAGCUGUGUACUUGUAUAACAAGAGAAACUUGCUUGCUUUGAUGGCGUUUAAUUUUGAGUCAGUUUUCAUGGAUUUUAAAAUCAUGUGGGGCGGCGAUGAUGUUUAAGUCAUGAGUCUAUAUUCAUUAGUAGUGUUAAUGUAAUCACUAAUGUUUUUCUUUUAUCCAAUUUCUUAGUUUAUAUAAUAUAUGAGCAAUCUACUCCUAUAAAUUUCAUUGAUAGUUGAUAGAAAAUUCUAAAAAUUACUGGAGUACUUUCAAUUCUAAGGAUUACAAUCAACCAUAAUGGGAAUGGCCGGUUACACAGUAGCACUGAUGAUGAUAGGAGUGAUAAUCUCUCCUUGUCUCUAUGGAAAAGAGUUCUCCGAUCACCAGGAAAUCAAAGUACAAAGACUUUUGAAGCGGCUCAACAAGCAGGCUCUUAUAUCCAUUAUGAGCGAAGAUGGUGAUAUAAUAGAUUGUGUUCCAGUACAUAGUCAACCAGCUUUUGAUCAUCCUCUGCUUAAAAAUCACACCAUCCAGAUGAGACCGAGCUUUAUACCGGAAAGUACGUCUACGUACACCAAGAAAAAGAUAAACGCUACUCAGGCGUGGACCAAGAAUGGAAGAUGCCCUAAAGAUACAGUUCCGAUAAGAAGAAUAAAGAAAGAAGAUAUCUUACGAUCAAAAUCCAUUGAGAGUUUUGGGAAAAAGACGAUGACUCCAGGCAUCCUUUUAUAUGGUUCAAGUAGUGUUCUCGAAGAUGAUCCAAGUAUAGGCCAUGAGUACGCGGUCAUGAAUGCCAUGAACGGAUUGUAUUUCGGGACACAAUUUUCAGUGAAUAUCUGGAAACCACAAGUUCAAGUUCGCAACGAGUUCAGCUUGGCUCAGACUUGGCUCUCGUCUGGAGCUGGCACUGCUCUUAACACAAUUGAAGCUGGUUUGCAGGUUUAUCCAGGAAAAUAUGGUGAUAAUAAUGUAAGAUUAUUCGUUUACUGGACGGCCGAUGGAUACCAAAGGACAGGGUGCUACAACACCGACUGCCCAGGUUUCGUUCAAAGGAGCAGUAUUGUCACAGUAGGUGGAGCCUACACCACCGUCUCAGAAUACAACGGAAAUCAAUACGAGCUUUCCAUGCUUAUAUGGAAGGACAGCGGAAACUGGUGGCUACGGAUAGGUGAAGAGCUCGUCGGGUACUGGCCUGGCGAGUUAUUCAAUUCUAUCGGAAGUGGAGCUACGAGAGUUCUAUGGGGAGGUGAAAUCGUUAACGUGGAGACUGGUGGGCAACACACUGCCACGGACAUGGGAAGUGGACAUUUUGCAGAUGAAGGUUUUGGGAAAGCGAGCUUUUUCAGGAGUCUUAUGACGGUCGAUGGAUUCAAUACUCUGAGAGAAGCACAAGGACUUUACCCCCAGAUUACCAAUUCUAACUGUUACAACGUUAAGGCAGGAGAUGCUGGAACUACCUGGGGGGUUUAUUUCUUUUACGGUGGCCCUGGCCUGAACGCGAGAUGCCCUUGAUUUGGAUCUGUGUGCUCAAAUAUUUUUAGUAUUUUACGUACAUGGCUGCAUGUAUCCGACUAUGAACGUAUGAGUAAGAAAAAUAAUUCACGUCAUAGAAGUUAAUAAUAUGUGUGUGAAAAGCUUUUCGAAUUUCGCGUGUCUGUAAUUUAAAUAAUAAUAUAUAUAUAUGUUUGACAAGAUCUUCAGUUCAUUUGCUCUUGAUCUGCUUACGAGGCUUUUAUAUACGAGAAUAAAUAUUUUCUACCAAACCCUACCCUGAUGGGAAGCUGUAGGUUUUAUAAAUCAGAGAUUCUAUAAGUUUUAUAAAUCAAAGGGCCCUUAUCAAUUUCACGAGGAUAGUAGGAAAUAUUAUAAUCUAAGCAAAUAUUAAUGCAAUUUGUGAAACUAAAAAGUACUCUAAUAAUAUUUAUGAUUUUAACAAAAAAAAAGAUCAACUAGAAAUAUUCUGAACAGAACUAGUAUAGUAUAUCACAAUUUGAACCCUAAGUGGGGCAUUACAUGACAUAGCUCUCCAAAUAUUCCUCACAACAAAUAUUCUUAAUACGAGAAAGUAAAGUAGCCAUAUUUGACUUUACCACACAAAAAAAGACAAUUUGAGAAUCAACAACAACGUCCUGUGGAGAUAGAAUCCAUACAUACAAAUGUG